AUGGCCCACCCAGCACAACUAGGAUUACAAGACGCAUCCUCCCCUAUUAUAGAAGAAUUACUACACUUCCACGACCAUGCCCUUAUAAUUGUCUUUCUAAUUAGCACCCUUGUACUUUAUAUUAUCACAACAACAGUUUCAACAAAAUUAACUAACAAACACCUACUUGAUGCCCAAGAAAUCGAAAUGGUUUGAACAGUUAUACCAGCUCUAGUAUUAAUCACAAUUGCCUUGCCAUCACUCCGAAUUCUUUAUCUUAUAGAUGAAAUUAAUGAUCCUCAUCUAACCAUUAAAGCUACAGGACAUCAAUGAUAUUGAAGCUACGAAUACACAGACUAUGAAACAUUAAAUUUUGAUUCAUAUAUAGUUCCCACACAAGACUUACUACCUGGUCAAUUCCGCCUGCUUGACACAGACAAUCGAAUAGUUGUCCCCACUAACUCCCCUGUACGAAUGCUUAUUACAGCUGAAGAUGUUUUACACUCAUGAGCUGUGCCAUCUUUAGGCCUAAAAAUAGAUGCAGUACCCGGACGACUUAAUCAAGCCACAUUUAUUGCAACCCGGCCAGGAAUCUUCUUUGGCCAGUGCUCAGAAAUCUGCGGGGCAAACCACAGCUUCAUGCCAAUUGCAAUUGAAUCAGCACCUGUUAAAUACUUUGAAUCUUGAUCUUCAUCAAUACUAGCAGAAUCAU